AUGCCUUCUGACCCACCUGAACUACCAGGGUUCUAUUUUGAUAUCGUACGUAAGAGGUACUUCCCUGUAAAUGCUGCUUCGAAAGGUGAAGCAAAGAGACAGAAAGUUGAAAUUUCCCAGAAGGAUGAGAUCGCUGACUAUUGGGAUAAAGAGAUUCCCAAAUAUUACAAAGCACUAUGGAACAAUGAGGAUACAGAGAAAUUAAGGCUCGUUAAUGACCACUUAGAAAGAGCUGCAUCAAGUGUUAUGAGAUUGUCUAAGGUUAUUUUUCCCAUAAAUCUUAAUUUACACGCUGAGCUGUUUCGUCGGAAGAUCCUAUCCUGUGUGACACUCAAUGAUGAAAUACAACUGUUGAUCUUAGAUAAUGGUGAAAUACUCAAAGUGAGUUCUGAUGGUUCAAUACUAAUGGACUGGAAUCCUCUUUCUGUUUUUGGUGUCAAUAACCUGAGAAUGCUAACUCCGAAGGUAUUUUGGGAGAGUAACGUAUUAUACAUUCAUUAUUUUGAUGAGACAAUUACCUGCAAAGGUAUUUUUUGUCAAAUUGAUAAUGUUCUUGAUGAAGAAACUUUAACUCCAAGGAUUUUUUUUUGUAAUUCGUAUACCAAGAAUUCCAUUUCAUUAAUUAAUCGCAUUGCAUUUUCAGUAGAUAAUAAAAUAUCACUCUGCUUUUGGAAUAAUACCGAAUUAUUCACUGAAUAUAAACUGGGAAAGGCUCAAAUAACAUGCUUGGAGGUGUUCACGUCCCGAGAACGACCUACUCAAUUGUAUGCCGGUUCCUCUGACGGCACCAUACACUGCCUUCCUAUUAAAAACUCCAAAAUAAAGAAGAAGAGGUUUUAUACUUUGGAAAAUGUACUACAUGUAACAUCGAUUGUAUCCUUACUAUCAGCGAAAGAUGGUUCACUAUAUGUAUCAGCAUUGAAAAAAGAGAGCGAUAGCCAAUGUCUAUACAAGACCGAUCCAUUUUUAGCAGAUGAUCAACGACAAAAAGUGACUGUGCUUAAAACUAAGAUCAUCAACUAUACAAAGGAUACAGAACUAUUCUCUACGUCUCCAGAUGGUAAGUACAUCUGUUACGGUAAGAAGUAUACUAGAGACUUUGAAAUUUUUUCGAUUUUUAAUGUAGAUGAUAAAAGUUCUCAAGAUAUGAUAACCAAUUGCUAUCCAAUUGGGAAUAUGAAUGAUUUCAUCUCACUUGAUACAGAAUUAUCUGAAUAUUCUAUCUUCAAUAUUGAAUUUAUAAGGCCUUCUAAUAGUAAAGAAAUGAAAGGUUUAAAUGUUGAUGGCGAUACAAUUGAAAUCAUUUCAAAUUUCAGAAACAUAAACUCUAAAUACAGGGUUAGUGUCACAUUAAGUAAAGAGACAGAACUAUCAAAUAUCCUUACUGUUAUUUUUGAUCUGGAAUAG